CGUCAAGACCGUUUGUUGGCUUUGACAAAAAACAAAACAAGACCGUCCACAAAACAGAACUGCCAGCACCAGUGUUUAUUAUCUAAGUAACGAACACACCAAUUACAGCCGUGUCGUAAAAUGGCUACGAAGGCAGCUCGGAAAUAUGCACAAUUUACAGGUUGUCUAUCAAGGUGCAAGUCAAAAGACUCGGCAAAGUCACUACAAUAUCCUUGUGAACACUAUUCAACAAUUAGGAAAACAAAUCAAGAACUUUCACUACCUGUGCGUAGAUUAAGGAAAAUGUGUAGAUCUAUACACUCAACAUCAACAUUUGGUUCUCCCAAUUUACCUAAAAACCGCAGAAACAUUUUGAAUUCUUAUUUGUACCUAAACCUCAGGAAAUGGUAUUAUUCAACACACCCCCAGAGACCAAAAUCCAGGACUCAUUACUACAAUAUAUUAAAAGUUACACCAAAUGCAACCCAGAGCCAGAUCAAAGUUGCGUAUUAUGAACUGUCCAAAAUCAACCAUCCUGACGUCAAUAAAAACCCAGAAGCAAGUCUAAUAUUUGCAGAAAUAUCAGAAGCGUAUGAAGUGUUGGGUAAUGUGAAAAACAGGCGCAUGUAUGACAGAGGGGUAAUGAGUCCACUCGUACAGAAAGGGGACGACAGCUUCCAUGACGAUGAAGGCUUUGUGUCAAAGAGAAGAGAAGCCCCUACUGGACGGACAAAUGUGUAUAACUUUGAUGAGUUCUACAGGCAGCAUUACGGUAAUACGAGAAGGAAGAAACAGGAAGAUAAGCAACUGAAUGAAUUCAUAAAGAAAGAAAGGGAAGAGCAUCGUUUGAUGAUGAUGAGGAAUACAGCUAUUUUGUUUCUGAUCCUUUUUUCUGUUGCAGGAUACUUAGCUGUAGAGGUGUUUGAUCUAAGACAAAUCUCUGUAUCACCAAAAGAUAGGAAAAAGGAUUAACAGCAUGUGUGAUUUGUAGUAUUGAUGCCAAGAAUCAUAGAUCAUCGAAUGUUGUGGUCUUGGGAUCUUUUACAGUGGGCAUGAUGACAAAUGCUAUUCAGUGUUCAAGGGGUCCUUGCUAUAGCAAUGAUAGCAUGAUCACUCUUAUGUUAAACGUUAACAAAUUAGCAGUUUCAAAUGUAGAAGGACUACAGGACAGUUGCUGCAGAUUUGAGGAUAAAUAUCACCAUAAACACUCUCUAAGCAGAUUUCCAUGAAGUCCUAUAUACUUCAUCGAGGAUCCAAUGUGUGAUUUUUGUAAUACAUAGAGAAUCUCACCCAAGUGUCUUUUGAUAUCAAAUAUAUCAACACUUGUUGAUAAAAGUGGAAAAAUUCCGAGGCU